AUGGUAAAAGCUUUGCCUCGGUCGAUAAAUGAUGACAAUGUCAUCACUGUAGAGUUGAAGCGUAAAUUGUUACAGCGUAAAUUCUGUUAUAAACAUGGUCGAAAAGAACAAGUCCGCCCGGAAAUCAUACGGAGAGCAGUGGAAUAUUUAGUAACGUGUGAUCUGUUUCGGACAUAUGAUAUAGAACUUGAAGGUUCAUGGACAAAUAAUGAACCUGAAGACACUGUCGAAUAUACCUGUAGUUCACCUGAGCGGGAGAGCAAUGUUGAUGAGAUCCCUGAUGUAAAUCCUGGUGGCUCCAGGAGAAGUGAGAUCUCUGCUCAAGAGGCAAUCUAUGUACUGACUGGUUUACCACUGUCAGGAGCUAGUGAAGCUGCAAUGUACAAAAACACUAGUUUGCCACAAGAGCGAGUGCAUACUUUAAAAAGUUACCUUAAAUUGCAAAGCCUCGAACCUGAUUCUUCCGAUAUAUUCCAAAAGGGUAUUAUUGAUUAUUAUUCAAAACGACCACUAUCUUUAGAAAACAUAAAUCUUUCCCAUUUUGUAGCAUAUUACACCUAUUCCAAAAAAACUCAUUCAGCUAGUUCAAUAGAAACUCUCAAUAACAGUUCUCAAGCAAUUGAUUAUUCCUAG